AUGCAGGCAACACAGGAGAGGGCGAAGAAGAAACAGAAGCGGAUAGCGGAGGACGCGGAGCUGGCGGCGAAACGGCAGGUUAUGGAUAAAGCCAAGAUUUCGGACGCAGUGAAGCGGUAUUCCUACCUUUUGGGCCAAACGGAUCUCUUCAAGCAUUUCGUUGACAUCAAGAAAGCUCGCGAUCCAGAGUAUGCUGCGCUGCUCGACGCUCAACCGAAGCCGAAGGGACGUGGACGGAAAAAGGCAACCGACAAAGUCGCGCGCCAUCGAAAGUCGGAGAAGGAAGAGGACGAGGAGAUGCUCAAGGAUGGUGAGCUGGCGGCCGACGGCAACGACCAGCCUUACGUUUUCGAAGAAUCCCCGAGCUACGUUCACGGAACAAUGCGCCCGUACCAGCUGCAAGGCCUCAACUGGAUGGUGUCUCUACACCAUAAUGGCCUCAAUGGUAUCCUCGCCGACGAGAUGGGUUUGGGCAAAACCCUGCAAACCAUUUCCUUCAUUUCGUAUCUUCGUCACUACCGCAACACCGCAGGCCCGCACUUGGUUGUUGUACCGAAGUCAACUCUACAGAACUGGGCGCGCGAGUUUGAGAGGUGGACACCAGACGUCAGCACGGUCCUCCUCACAGGCAGCAAGGAAGAGCGCGCGGAGGUCAUCUCGACGCGUCUUCUGCCCCAAGACUUCGACGUGCUCAUCACCUCGUACGAGGUCUGUCUGAUUGAAAAGAGCGCGCUCAAGAAGUUCUCUUUCGAGUACAUCGUCAUCGACGAAGCGCACCGCAUCAAGAAUGUCGACUCGAUCCUCUCGCAGAUCGUCCGCUCCUUCCUGUCGCGCGGACGCCUGCUCAUCACGGGAACACCACUGCAGAACAACAUGAAGGAGCUCUUCGCACUGCUCAACUUCAUCUGCCCCGAGAUCUUCUCGGACUACGCCGACCUGGACAGCUUCUUGCACAAGGACGAAUCCGAUGCGGAAGACGACGAGGAGAAGAGCAAGAAGGUUGUCGAGGCGCUGCACAAAAUCCUCCGGCCGUUCUUGCUGCGUCGUGUCAAGAGCGACGUUGAGAAGAGCCUUCUUCCUAAGAAGGAGAUCAACAUCUACGUUGGUUUGACCGAGAUGCAGCGCAAAUGGUACCGGUCGGUGCUCGAGAAGGACAUCGACGCCGUCAAUGGCCUGACUGGCAAGAAGGAGGGCAAGACACGGCUCAUGAACAUCGUGAUGCAACUGCGCAAAGUCACCUGCCACCCGUACCUCUUCGACGGCGCGGAGCCCGGACCGCCAUACACCACUGACGAGCACCUAGUCGACAACUGCGGCAAGAUGGUCAUUCUGGACAAGCUGCUGCAGAACAUGAAGGCGAAGGGCUCGCGCGUGCUCAUCUUCAGCCAGAUGAGCCGCAUGCUCGACAUCCUGGAGGACUACUGUCUCUUCCGCCAGUACAAGUACUGCCGUAUCGAUGGUGGGACCGCCCACGAGGACCGUAUCCUCGCGAUCGACGAGUACAACAAGCCGGACAGCGAGAAGUUCAUCUUCCUGCUCACUACCCGCGCAGGUGGGCUCGGCAUCAACUUGACGACGGCCGACAUCGUCGUGCUGUACGACAGUGACUGGAACCCGCAGGCGGACCUGCAGGCGAUGGACCGCGCGCACCGUAUCGGGCAGACGAAGCAGGUGUACGUCUUCCGGUUCAUCACCGAGGGCAGUGUUGAGGAGCGGAUGCUGGAGCGCGCGGCGCAGAAGCUGCGGCUGGACCAACUGGUCAUCCAGCAGGGUCGUACGCAAGCGACCAAGGCUGCGAACAAGGAGGAGUUACUUGAGAUGAUUGCGCACGGCGCCGAGCACAUCGUGAACUCAGGAGAGGACCUGAUGGUCAACGAAGACAUCGACGAGAUCAUCCAGCGCGGCGAGCAGCGCACGCAGCAGCUGAACAGCAAGUACGAGGGCCUCUCGUUCGAGGACCUGAGCAACUUCAAGUCCGAGGCCUCGGUGCAGCAGUGGGAGGGCGAGGACUUCCGCGGGAACCGCAAGACGCUGCAGUUCAACCCGCUCGCGCUCUCAAAGCGCGAGCGGAAGCUCAACUACUCGGUCGACAGCUACUUCAAGGAGACCAUGCGCGCCGGGCCGUCCAAGACGGACAAACCGGCGAAGAUCCCCAGGGCUCCGAAGCAGAUUCAGAUGCAGGACUUCCAGUUCUUCCCGCCGAGGCUGGCGGAGCUGCAGGAGCAGGAGCUCGCUGCGCACAAGCGAGCGAACGACAUCCCCGCGCUCACGCGCGAGCCUGCAGGUCCCGAAGACACCCCCGAGGUGCUUGAGGAGGAGCGGAUGGCAGCGCAGGAAUACAUCGACAACGCUGAGCCGUUGACGGAGGAGCAAAUGGAGGAGAAGGACGAGCUUGUCGCCCAAGGGUUUGAGGAGUGGAGUCGGCGAGACUUCCAGCAGUUCGUACGCGCGCUCGAGACAUACGGCUGGACGGACGACUACGAGCUGCUCGCGUCAGAAAUCCAGGACAAGAAUGCGGACGACGUCGAAGUCUACUACCCCGUGUUCAAAAAGAAGUGGAAGGAACUCUCCGAGUACCCCCGCAUCAAGGCGCGCAUCGAGGAAGGCGAGGCGAAGCGGAACAAGCGCUCAAAUCUCGAGGCGCUGCUUGCGAAGAAGAUCUCGUCGGUGCGGUACCCGAUGCAGGAGCUUGAGCUCAACUACCCGACGACGAAGGGCAAGGUGUACUCGGAAGAGGAGGACCGGUAUCUGCUCUGCCGACUCAACUACUACGGCAUGCAGCUCGAGGACGUGUAUGAGCGGAUCAAGAAGGACAUCUCGGAGUUUCCCGUGUUCCGCUUCGACUGGUUCUUCAAGAGCCGGAGCCCGCAGGAGCUGCAGCGGCGGUGCAACACGCUGCUCGGUAUGAUCGAGAAGGAGCAGGAGGGGAAGGCGGCGGAGGAGGUCAAGCCUGCGCGCGGUCAGAAGGGCAAGAAGCGCGGGAUCGAGCAGCUCCAGGAGGCAGACAAGGUGGAGGCUUCGCGGUCUUCGACGCCGACGAGCACGACGGCGUCAGGAAAGCGCGGGCCCAAGAAGCGCAAAACGUAG